CAGCGACGCUCUCAGCCUUCUGGCCUGCUGACCCGGCUCUGCGGCUGGAGGCGGACACAUUCCUCUGUCCUCCCCCAGGACUCCCUGGCGGGGGAGGGAGGGAGGGAGCGGCUGCUGUACGCAUUUAAUUAGUGAGGAGGAAGAAGAAGCGGCAGCAGGACGGGACGGGACGGGACAGCGCACCACCCCCCCUGCGCACUGCUCCGGGCUCCGGCUACAGCUGCAGCCCCUCUCCGGACCUCAGCUCGACGGACUGGGUCGGAGGAUGCUUGUGCUGUUGUUGGUUUUUGGAUUUGUGUUGUUCAACUUUUGAGUUUGAAGAGUUUGGUUCAGAAAAGUGGUUUGAAUUCGAUCCGCGCUGCGGUUUUUCUGGUCGCGUCCCGCUAAGUGAGUGAUGAUUGGUUUGGAAAUGUCAGCGCCGUCGCUGCGCGCUGCUCCGCGCACUCCAUCAUCCCGGCGGGGCUGAGGGAAAGUAAGAAACCACCUGUUGUGAAAGUUUCCUGGACCUUAUCACGAAUAAACCCGAACUGCUAAAACAGGACGCCGGACAGAGCCGAGAGAGAGACGCGACGCAGCGGAAUGUGGUUUUUAUGCGAGGAGCAGACGCCGUUUCUCAGAAGAGGCUCCUGUCUAAUGAGCGAUAAUCUCCGCAGACCUCCCUCCGGGUUCCGUGUUGUGUGUUUGCAGUGAGCAUGUUGCCAUGGUGCCCCGGGCUCAGAUGAGCAGGACGGCGGAGCUCCGGUCGGGAUGGCUCGGGAGGACGCGGUGAGGUGUCUGCGCUGUCUGCUGUACGCGCUCAACCUGCUGUUCUGGCUGAUGUCAGCGUGUGUGCUGGGAGUGGCAGCAUGGAUCAGAGACUCUCUGAACACCGUCCUGACCCUGACAGCCCACACCAGCACCAACAUUUCACUCACAUUCCUGCAGCGUUCGCUCACUGCAGGAUUCAUCACGACGCCGCAGAGAGGAGCAGAGGUAAAGAAAAGUCUGGACUGUGUUUGUGUCUCUGCAGGCUGGAGGAAGCCGCCGUCCUCACGUAUUCUCCAGCUGUCCAUCCCGUCAUCAUCGCCGUGUGCUGUUUUCUCAUCAUCGUGGCCAUGGUGGGAUACUGCGGCACGCUCAAGUGCAACCUGCUGCUGCUGUCCUGGUACUUCGGGAGUCUCUUAGUCAUCUUCUGUGUGGAGCUGGCCAGCGCUGUGUGGACGUACGAAGAGCCGUCAGUGCAGCGCUCUGAUAUGAUCAGUCUGAAGUCUCGGAUGCCAAACUACGGCCUGCAGCGUUACCAGUGGCUCACACACACCUGGAACAGCUUCCAGACAGAGUUUAAAUGCUGCGGGGUGAUCUACUUCACUGAUUGGCUGGAGAUGACAGAGAUGGAGUGGCCACCUGACUCCUGCUGCUCCAAUCAGUAUCCAGGCUGCGCUCGCCACGCCCACCUCCACGACCUGAGCGACCUCCACCAAGAGGGCUGCGGUCCAAAGAUCUACAGUUUCAUUCGUGGGACGAAGCAGCUGCAGGUGUUGCGUUUCCUGGGCGUGUCCAUUGGCGUGGCUCAGAUUCUGGCCAUGGCGCUCACCCUCACGCUGCUCUGGGCGCUUUAUUACGGGCGAAAGUCUCCAGAUCCAGACUCCUCAGGGCCGGCGGCACCACCGGACGACUUCACCCCCCUCACAGUGACACAGGGACCCUCAGCUGAAGCUUCAAAAUCAGGCUGCAGCCGCACUAACAAAGGCUGCGCUAACAUGCCUGCUGCUGCCUCCUCGGCACAUGAACACCAGUUUGAGAUGGAGCGUCUGUCGUAGCCGAUGCUGAGUCAAACUGCAGCCUGAAGACAACUGAGAGGAAUUCCAGAGAAAUUCUGCUUUAUUACAGGAUUUGUUUUUAGGACUGUCGGAUCAGUCUGAGCUGGGUGUACCUAAUAAACAGAAAACUUGCAUGUAAACAGAGGACAAAAGAGGACGAAGGAUGGAGCCUUAGGGAACUCCACGGGUCAGAGGAAGCAUCAGCAGCCACUGCUGACAAAGUUCUGUUUGAUAAAUACGACUGAGGCCAGACUCAGAAAGCAGCAUGAACGAAACACUGAGGGAAACGACCACUGUCUGAGAAAGUCUCACUUUUACCACUAAAGAGAAAAACACUGAAACUGUUCUCAAGCAGAGUGUAUGAAGACAUUUCUCUGAACGUCAGGACAGUUGUCUCUGUUAGUGCGGCGUCAGGACCCACUGGAGGACAAGCACUCUGUUUAUCAGAGGGUUAUAUUGUAAAUGAGAAACUGUGCAUGCUGUGGAAAAUGGAAUAAUAUUUGUCUCAGUUAUUGGAGCAUUGGAUCAUUUUCUCACUGGAAUAAAAACCUAACAUUAAAA